AUGGAGCUGAAUGAACACCACAAGAAAUGGCAUACAGGAGAGCAGUUCCCUGAUGCCUCCAGUAACAGAGAGCAGUUCCCUGAUGCCUCCAGUAACAGAGAGCAGUUCCCUGAUGCCUCCAGUAACAGAGAGCAGUUCCCUGAUGCCUCCAGUAACAGAGAGCAGUUCCCUGAUGCCUCCAGUAACAGAGAGCAGUUCCCUGAUGCCUCCAGUAACAGAGAGCAGCUCCUGAUGCCUCCAAGAGCAGUUCCUGAUGCCUCCAGUAACAGAGAGCAGUUCCCUGAUGCCCCCAGUAACAGAGAGAAGUUCCCUGAUGCCUCCAGUAACAGAGAGCAGUUCCCUGAUGCCUCCAGUAACAGAGAGCAGUUCCCUGAUGCCCUCAGUAACAGAGAGAAGUUCCCUGAUGCCUCCAGUAACAGAGAGCAGUUCCCUGAUGCCUCCAGUAACAGAGAGCAAUGCCCUGAUGCCUCCAGUAACAGAGAGCAAUGCCCUGAUGCCUUCAGUAACAGAGAACAAUGCCCUGAUGCUCUCAGUAACAGAGAGCAGCUCCCUGAUGCCUCCAGUAACAGAGAGCAAUGCCCUGAUGCCCUCAGUAACAGAGAACAAUGCCCUGAUACCCCUGUCAACAGACCAGACACGGGGGACCAAUGCCCUGAUGCCCACAGUAGCAUACCUGACUCGGGGGAGCAAUGCCCUGAUGCCCACAGUACCAUACCAGAAACGGGGGAGGAAUGCCCUGAUACCCCUGUUAACAGACCAGACACAGAGGAACCAUGCCCUGAUGCACCUGUUAACAGAGAGCAAUGCCCUGACACUGGGGUUAAGAAUGAUAACACUGGCCGCACCACUUUCUCUGAUACUGACAGGAGCCGUGUGUCUAGGGUGACCUUCUCUGGGUUGGAGACACCAGCAGUGCUUCGGGACAGCCCUCACAGACGCAGGGACAGAGCGGCUCUCAGGAAGUCUGUACCACAAGUUUCAUCUACCAAGGAGAG